CCACCCACUGAACCAAGACACAUUUCCCCUCAACAUGCAUCAUAAAAAAAAAAAAAAAAUCAACACUUCCUCCACCAUACACCAACAUAGAGAAAAAAAUAGAUCCCUCUCCUCCACCAAAACUCAACCAAUCAACCCUUUUUAACUCAGUCGGCCGCCGGACGGAGUAAGGGAAAGACACGCCGGAAUUUUCCUCUUCAAUUUGCUACUGUUUUAUUUAAUUCUCUCCUCUUUCCGUCUUUAUAUAUCCCCCUUUCUUCUUUCUUUUCCACCCCCUUUUUUCCAUUCCACGAGGGAUGACGACUUACACGGAAGAUUACAUACGGGAUAAACUGAUGAAAGAACUCGAUGCCAAACAUGUGGAGGAGUGGGAGUGUUGAUGAGCCUGUCAGUUUUCACAUCUAAGGACGCAGCGCUGGACUAUCUGCCAACCGUUGAGGAAGGACUGUCACUGAUUGACGACUGCUGAACAAGAACACGCUAUAUAUAUUUAGUCGCAUUUCUCGUCUUUGGCCUCGGAAGCUGGACCAGUAAAAUGGCCAAUGUUAUUUUCAUUACCCUUCUCGGGAUACUUCUGAGAUGGUGCGUGUCGCUGCACCCUUACUCCGGAGCAGGAAAAGCCCCAAUGUUUGGAGAUUAUGAAGCUCAGCGCCACUGGCAGGAAGUGACGGUGAACUUGCCCCUGAAGGAUUGGUAUAUGAAUACCACUGAUAAUGAUUUACUCUACUGGGGCCUGGAUUACCCUCCUCUUACUGCUUACCAUAGCUAUCUGUGUGGCAUUGUUGCUAAGACUUUGAAUCCCGAGUUUGUCGAACUUCAUACGUCUCGCGGGUAUGAAAGUUACGAACACAAAUUGUUUAUGAGAUACACGGUGUUUGUUGUAGAUCUCCUGAUAUACAUACCAGCAGCUUACCUCUUUCUCUGUGCUGCAUCUCGGCCAAGGAGCAGAGGUGGGAAGCUAGAGUAUAUGGCUUUGAUACUGUAUCCUGGUUUGUACUUGAUAGAUUAUGGUCAUUUUCAGUAUAACAAUGCUUCGUUAGGAAUAUUUGUGGGUGCCGUCGCUGCUCUCAUGAAGGGAUAUGACUGCAUUGGGUCAGUUUUGUUUUCUUUAGCUUUGAACUACAAGCAAAUGGAGUUGUAUCAUGCACUUCCAAUUUUUUUCUAUCUGUUGGGUCUGUGUUUCAAACAAGGUGGCGUUCUAGGAUUUUUCUAUAAGAUCACCAAGAUUGGCCUGUCUGUGAUAUUAACCUUUGCUCUGGUUUGGGCUCCCUUUCUCAGGGAUCCCCAAGUAUUUUUGCAAGUACUUAACCGACUUUUCCCAAUUAACAGAGGUCUCUUUGAGGAUAAGGUAGCCAGUGUAUGGUGCAGUUUAUCCAUUCUUAUUAAGCUGAAAAAUCUUGUGAGCAAUACCAACAUGGCUUUGAUAUGUCUCCUGUCCACCGUUGUGUGUAUGAUUCCAGCAAGUCUGCACCUCUUUAUUAAUCCCACUCAGAAGAAUCUUCACUAUGGACUUGUUAAUGCAUCUUUCGUGUUUUUCCUCCUGAGCUAUCAUGUUCACGAAAAGAGUAUCUUGUUGGCAGCGGUGCCAGCUUGCUUCUUAUAUGGAGAGGAGACCUUUAUGGUUACCUGGUUCUUCAUCGUAUCCGUUAUCAGCAUGUUGCCCCUUCUGGUGAAGGACGGGCUGACGGUUCCGACACUCGCAUUAACCGUCCUUGUUUAUGUUAUGUACUCGAUCAACAGACAGUCAGAGGGACAGACGAAAUCCAGAUAUAGUGAGUUUUGGCGCUGGAUCAACAGGUCCUUUUACCUGUCGUUGGUUGGAUUCUCGUUUUUGACGGCCGUGUCUUUGACGGUGACACCACCUCCAAGGUUGCCUGACCUCUUCCCAGUUUUGCUUUCUGUUGUAUCUUGUGUGCAUUACUGCUUCUUCACUUGCUAUUUUCAUUACCGCCAGUUCACAACGAGAUAUGACAGACAGCAAGGAAAGGUGAAAAGGCAUUAGGUCUGAAAUGCAACUGUAUGUUUUCCAUAAUGCAGGACCAAUUAGUAUAAUAAACAGAUGGAAAGCAAAAUGUUAUUAUGUUGGAGGGCAACAUAUUCAACUUUCCAAGACCAAUUCAUUAUAUAAUUGAUUUUUUAGAAUUUUUUGAUUUCCAAUGUAGCUCAGAGUUAGGUAUUGUAGUUGCAGUGGUCAGAGGUUUCAUUAUUUUGAUUAGUUGAUAUAAACAUAAUGAUAUACAGAUAUAUGAAUGUUAAUCAUCAAUGUCAUUAUAAAAGUACAAGAUUGAAAUGAUGUGAUAAUACAUAUUACUGUUAGACCCUUAUGUGGUCAUAGAUUCCUUUAGAUUGAUCCCAACUUAAUAAAUCAAUUACUUGUGUUUUCCUUGUUGGUUGUAGUAAUAUUUUGUAUCUGAAAAGUGUGUUUGGUUAUACUGAUAUGUAUAUUUAGUUUUUUUUCUUAUAGUCUAAUUUUUUAUUCUCUCUCUUGAUAUUUCACAUGAUAUUUAUUUUUUGGAUUUUGAUGUGCUAGCAUCCAGUUUGCUUGGUUGAGUGAAAUACAUCUUGUUUGGAGAAUGAAAUAUAAUUUUUAUGUAUUUUGGUAUAAAAAUGUAUACUUUA